AUGGAGGCCAAGGACGGCGUGCGCUUCUCGUGGAACUCGUGGCCCUGCACCAAGCUGGAGCAGACGCGCUGCGUCAUGCCCACGGGCUGCCUGUACCAGCCGCUGAAGCCCAUCGACGGCAUGCCGCCCGCCGUCGAGUACGACCCCAUCCACUGCAAGGCCUGCGCCGCCGUGCUCAACCCGUACUGCCAGGUGGACUUCGUGUCCAAGCUCUGGGUGUGCCCGUUCUGCGUGACGCGCAACCACUUCCCGCCGCACUACGCCGAGAACAUCACGCAGGAGAACCUGCCCGCCGAGCUCAUCCCGCAGUACACGACGCUCGAGUACGAGCUGCAGAACCGCCAGGCCGGGCCCCCCGUCUUCGUCUUCUGCAUUGACACGUGCGUCCCCGAGGAGGAGCUCGAGGAGCUCAAGGACUCGAUCCAGCAGACGCUCAACCAGCUGCCGCCCGAUGCGCUCAUCGGCCUCGUGACCUUCGGCACCAUGGUGCACGUGCACGAGCUGGGCUUCCCGGAGGUGCCCAAGUCGCACGUCUUCCGCGGCAACAAGGACUUCACGGCGCAGCAGGUGUACGACAUGCUGGGACUGGCGGCCACGCGCAAGCAGCAGCAGCAGCAGAUGCCCGGCCAGCCUCAGCAGCCUCAGCAGCAGACCAGCAACUCGGCGCGCUUCCUGCUGCCGGUGUUUGAGUGCGGCUUCACGCUGGAAUCCAUCCUCGAGGACCUCCAGCGCGACCCGUGGCCCGUGGCCGCGGACCAGCGCCCGCAGCGCUGCACCGGUGUGGCCAUGUCCGUGUGCGUGGGCCUCCUCGAGGCCACGUUCCAUGGCCAGGGUGCCCGUAUCAUGAUGUUCGUCGGUGGCCCCCCAACGGUCGGCCCGGGCGCCAUUGUGAGCCGCGACCGCAAGGAGGACAUCCGUUCCCACACGGACCUGCAGAAGGACAAGGCGCCGCUCACGAAGAAGGCGCUGGUGCACUACAACGACCUGGCGGCUCGCUGUGUGGCCUCGAGCCACGUGGUCGACAUCUUCGCGUGUUCUCUGGAUCAGAGUGGUGUGAUGGAGAUGGCGGCGUGUGUGCAAAAGACUGGCGGUGUGAUCGUGCUUGCCGACUCGUUCGGCCAGUCCGUCUUCCGCGAGUCCUUCCGCCGCAUGUUCAGCAAGUUCUCGGAUGAAGCGGCAGACUGCGACAAGGACCAGCUCACGAUGGCCUUCGCGGCCUCGGUGGAGGUGCUUACCAGCCGCGAGUUCAAGGUUGCUGGUGCCAUUGGCCCUUGCGCCCCGCUGAAGCGCCAGGGAGCGGCGCCGAAGAACGUCUCGGAGGUGGAGAUUGGUGUGGGUGGCACCAACGCGUGGUCCAUGGGCGGCAUUGACCCCAACACCACCGUUGCCAUCUACUUUGACAUUUCUAACCAGACGCCGUUGGCGCCGGGCAAGGCGCGCUACAUCCAGUUGAUCACGCGCUACCAGCACGCGAGUGGUCGUUAUCGCACUCGUGUGACGACGAUCUGUGGUCCCUGGACUGUGGACCCGAACGACACGGCCUCGCUGGGCCGUGGCUUCGACCAGGAGGCUGCCGCCGUGUUGCUGGCACGUAUUGCUGUGCACCGCUCGGAGCAGGGCGAGGAGCAGCUCGACAUCAUGCGCUGGAUCGACCGAUCGCUCAUCCGACUGGCUUCGCGCUUCGCCGACUACCGCAAGGACGACCCGUCCUCGUUCCGUUUGUCGCCGGAGUUCGCAAUUUUCCCCCAGUUCAUGUUCCACCUGCGCCGUUCGCAGUUCCUGACGGUGUUCGGCUACUCGCCUGAUGAAAGUUCGUACUACCGCCACUGCCUGCUGCGCGAGAGUACGACAAACUCGCUCGUGAUGAUUCAACCGUCCCUGCUGUCGUACUCGUUCAACGGACCCCCCGUGCCGGCACUGCUGGAUGCUGCCAGCGUGCGGUCCGACACAAUUCUGCUGCUGGACUCGUUCUUCUACGUCGUGGUCUUCCACGGUGACACGAUCGCCGCGUGGCGUGACCAGAAAUUCCACGAGGACCCCGCCCACGAGAACUUCAAGAACCUGCUCGAGGCUCCGCAGGCCGACGCGCAGCUUAUCAUGGACUCCCGCUUCCCCGUUCCGCGCUACGUCGUGUGUGACCAGCACAAGUCCCAGUCGCGUUUCCUCAUGGCCAAGCUCAACCCGAGUGUCACGCACAACAGCAUGGACGGCCAGGGCGAGGUCAUCUUCACGGACGACGUGAGUUUGAAGGUGUUCAUGGAGCACCUGAUGAACCUGGCCGUCAAGUCGUAG